GUCAGCACAAGAGAUUCUUGGUCUGAAUCACGACUCCUCCAACUUGCAUUGCCACCAUUUCUACUCCUCUCGAGCUCGUUCUUGGUAGCUGCUGUUCAUCAUGUCCUCCUUCCUCUAUAAAUUUGCACCGCUUCCCGCCAUCUCCCACACAUUGCCAUCGAUCAGCAGCUAGCUUUGCAAUCGAUCAGAAUUCAGAAGCUAUGAAGGUUAUUGUGGCAGCGGCGGAGGGAGGCGUGAGGAGGAGGAGGAGGUACGCGCUGCUGCUGGCGGCGAGGGACUCGGACUACGUGCGCAAGGUGUACGGCGGCUACCUGGAGGUGUUCAUCCGGGCGUUCGGCGACGAUGGCGAUGUCGGCGACGGCGGCGGCGAGGAGUGGGACAUGUUCCGGGCGGUGGACGGCGAGCUCCCCGGCGCGGACGAGGUCGACGGGUACGACGGCUUCGUCAUCAGCGGCAGCCCGCACGACGCGUACGCCGACGACCUGUGGAUCCUCCGGCUGUGCCUCCUCGUCCGCGACCUCGUCGCCAUGCGCAAGCGUCUCCUCGGCAUCUGCUUCGGCCACCAGGUGAUAUGCCGCGCGCUGGGCGGGCGCGUGGGGAAGGCGAGGGGCGGGUGGGACAUCGGCAUCAGGGAGGUGGCCAUGGCGGAGUCGCUGCCGCCGUACAGGUUCCUCGACGACGCGCUGCAGGGGAUCACGGCGGCGGCGGCGCCGUACGCCAAGAUCACGGAGGUGCACCAGGAUGAGGUGUGGGAGCUGCCGGCGGGCGCCGAGGUGCUCGCCUCCUCGUCCAAGACCGGCGUCGAGAUGUUCUGCGCCGGCGACCGCGUGCUCGGCAUCCAGGGCCACCCGGAGUACACCGCCGACAUCCUCCUCAACCUCGUCGACCGCCUCUCCUCCGCUGGAUCCAUCACCAUGGCGGUCGCAGAGGGAGUGAGGAGGCAGCUGGAGGAUACUGGGCCUGACAGGGAGUUCUGGAUCAAGCUGUGCAAAAGCUUCCUCAAGACUGAAGAAGAAUAACAACUAUUGACAUAUAUACCUUGUAUUUGUAGCCUGUGAUAUGUGUUAUGACAGUGUGAGGCACAGAUGCCUGUUGCUUCCUAGUUUGUGCUGGUAGUGGUAGGCACAGAUGCUCACUUUUAGCAUCAAAUUUAUUGUGAAUCAGUGUGUUGAAAGUCUCUAUCACCAGUGUUGACCUGCAAAAUUGGAAUAAACAAAGCUUGAUUUUCAGGUCAUCUGGUUAUGUGUGUGGAAUUUUGCAUGCUCAUGCAAAUUAAUGGUCUACUUUAUUUUGCAAAGAAACUAAGUUUCUGUGUUUGUGAACUAAGAAAAAGCGGCUAGUUUGUCAAAAUACCUGAACCUGUUCAUAUGCCUCUUCCUGUCUUGCAUGAUAAAAUAAUACUGAAUACUGAUGCUGACACCUCGCCCAAUAGCCCAUGGGCCUCACGAACCGAAGUUUCUUGCCGCCAAGCCUGGACUUUGAAUUGUUUCUGGUCUACUGCUAAUCAUUUGCAGAGUGAACUGGUGUAUUUUUCUUCAAAAUUUUGUCAGGCACAUAGUUGUAUAACUAAUGCAUGUUCUAAAGGAAGCCUGAAAAUUGUAAGUGUAAAAACAAGAGCAGCUACUGUGUGACUAAAACUGAGAUUUUGAAUAACAUGUUAUCUUAUUUUAUCAAAUACGCAAAAGUUUUGCACGUCAAUAUAUUAGAAGCACUGAGAUACAACGGUGACUCACCAUGACGGUCACAUGGGGUUUUAUAGAGAGGAGUGAAAGAAGAUGUUGUCCUUGUCAUACUCAUACUACAGCCUGCAGCAUAAAAUGGAGACACCAUGAAGCCAAAGAUUUGUCCAUGCUCCAUUUUUCAAAUGGACAUUUCAAGACAUUGACACCUUUGCAAGGUUAUUUCUAAGUAGUCUGAAAAUGAUUCAAUGGUCCAUUCUCCAUUUUUAGCAGCCACCACAGAGGUCAAGCCUCCAGAUUUGUGCCAAAACAGAGUGGGGCCUCGAUGGCUUAGUAAGAUCACUGAAUCAUGUUGAUUGUAUUUUAUUUCCCAUCUGUUCCAUAAAAUGAUUAUGUGAGCAGGGUUCCUGGAAGAAAAACAGGCAUGACAAAAUUUCUUCCUAACGAGAAACUGUUCUGUUCAUUUCCAGUGGUCAGUCUUGUGUUCAUAAUCAUAGCAAAUUUGCUAACACGUAAAGAUUCAGAUUAACAACCAGAGCUGGUGACAACUGACAAGUGACAACACCAUUGGCACCUCUAUAGUAUAAUAUGAAGACAGAUCUGUUGAAUGAUCAGACACACCCAAAUUAAAACACAAAUAGAUUAAAGAACACUACUAAUGAGUCAUACCAUGGGACUGAACCAUUACAUUGUCCAAGAAUAAGUUACUCAAAACUGGGUCAUUACAUUGUCAAGAAUAAGUUACUCAAAACUGGGUCAUCAAAUUCGUGUGCUUAAUAAGAUAGUGUGAAAU